UUUAUUUGUUUUUUUUUUUUUUGUUGGGGUAACUGAUAAAGGUUAAUAUACCAACUGUAACAAAAGUUACACAGAAGGAGGGGGGAUUUCUUCCAUCUAAGAAAGUUCAUUGUCUAUCCUAAGGGCAUGCUUAGCCAAUCUAUGAGCCUCAACAUUAAAGUUGCGGCUAACAUGAGAAAGAGAUGUCCCAGGAAAACUGGACAAUAGGACUUUAAUAUCAGAAAAGAUAACCCCCAGCUCAUUUAAAUACACUGUCUGGCCCUCCAAAGCUGAGACCAAAGAAAGUGAAUCAGAAAAAACCCUCUCCACGGGAAGUCCCACAUCUUGAGCCCAACGCAAACCUACUAGUAAAGCAACUGCUUCUGACUGGAAAACUGAAAAGGAACCUGCAAAUGAGAUAGUAAAAGCAAUAAGUACUUUUAAUUUUAAAACUCAAAAUUUUAGAGUAUAAUUGUUAUAGAGUCAAAAACCAAAGGGAAACCCCUUUGGUUUGACUCUUUACCUAACUUUUUAGCAUGAUAAUAUAAUAGUAUAAAUUUAAAUAACCCGCACGCUAAAGGAGAUCAGAUAUCUAUUUUGAAAAAACAUAACUAUUAAAAUUCUUUAAAGUUUAUCCAGAUAAAAUCCACUUAGAAUUAUUUAGUUAAAAAUAUUUAAGUUGCAUCCACACUUGUUAUUAUUACAUCCUUUUAUACAUUCAUAAGUAAAUUUGAAGCAUAAACUUAAAACUAAAAAAUAGACCAAAAUGAUAUUUAAUAUAUUAUUUUAAAAUUGUAUGUAUUGUCCCAAUCUUUUUUAUAUGAAAAGCAUAAUACUUAUUAAAUUGGAAAGAUUUACCUUAUAGUGGUUUAGAUAAGGCUGCCUUCACUUGUUUGUCUGAGGAGAAAAUGACUGCUCCAAAACCAAUUACAUUUUGAGGAGUUGAUAUUGCUGCGUCCACAUAUAGUUUAUAGCUAAGAACUUCUGUCUCUGCAUUACUUUGCUCACUAGUACACCUAGUUGAAACUCCUUUUUUAGUUUUAUUUCUUUCUCGACAGAUUUCAUUAUAAUAGGAAGAGAUCCAUAUCUUGAUUUGGUGUGGAGUUCUUAUAGUUCUUUCAUGACUUUUCUUAUUUCUUUCAAACUAUAUUGUCCAUGCUGAAAUUAACACUUUCUCAAAAGCUUCUUUUUCAAGUAUUUCUGAUGCAUACAGUAGUACUCCUUUGAAGGUCAGGUUCUCUUUUGGGCUUGCAAGAAAAGGGAAACUCAUUUGCUUCCAUAUACCUUGUGAGAAGGAGUACCAGAAAAUUGCAGUGCAUUGGUAUCAUUCUCGAAAUUACAUAUAGGACAAUUACUAUGAGGUGAGCUAUAUCUUCGAAGUAGACAACUAAAAGAAGGUAAAAUUUCAUGAAAACCUUUCCAUCCAAAAUGCAAAAUUUUCUUUGGAAUUUGUAUUGCCUAGUAUGAACUCCACCAAGCUACCAUAACUUCAUUUGAUGAUGAAGGUUGUAAAUUUUCUCCUCCUAUUGCCAGAUUAUUAUAUCCACUCUUAACUGAAUAGUGGCCAUGGCUAGUAAAAUGCCAUAACCAAUCAUCAUCAUAUUCAAACAGGGUAAUUGGAAUUGAUAAAAUGAGUUGCGAGUCAAGAGUACUAAAAACUUGGUGAAUCAGAUCUUUAUUCCAUUGUCCUGGUUGCUCUAUUAAUUCUGACACCAUCAUAAGAUCACUAACUUCCUUUGUAAUAGGUUUAAAGGAAGGUGGACGUGGAAUCCAUGGAUCUUUAAACACCCUUGUAUUAGCACCAUUCUCAUUCUCCUUCUCAAUCCUUUAAUAAGUAAUUCCUUACCCCAAACUAUACCACGCCAUAUUUGAGAUGGAUAGAGCUUUUUGUAGCUUCUAAAAAACUUUGUUGUGGGAAAUAUUUGGCCUUUAGAACUUGUGCCAGAAUAGACGUAGGAUUUAUCAAUACCCUCCAUGCCUGCUUUGCUAAUAGCGCUUGGUUAUAUUGAACAAAUCUUCGAAAACCUAACCCUCCUUUUCGCUUCGAUAAACAAAGCUUUUGCCAAGCUCGCUUCGAUAAACAAAGGUUUUAUUUAUUUAUUUUAGUUAUUAGUUUUAGAUUUUAGGGGAAAAUAGAAACUAAAAAGGUUGGGAUUAAAUUUGGGGUGUCCACGUGUCACGUUACUUACUCUAACGGACUAACAGACUCACAACUUUGUCGAUUUUGGGUAUUUUCACUGCCAAUUUUUAAAGUUAGGGAUUAAUCUGCAUCAACCUCAAAUUUUUGGGGACUUUUACUGAAAUUAUUCUUAUUAAUUAAUAAUAACAAUAUUAGAGAGCAGAGACACCUAAAUGUAUUUUAUAUUGAAGAACUGCUAAAGGGUACCAUUAGUGUCUAAUAUCCUCUUAUGUGUCAAUAAUGCUAUUGGUAUAAUUAAGUACCAAAUAUUACUAUUGAGCACCAAAAGUUCUCAGUACUUUCUACAUGUGGCAUCCCACGAUUAAUUAGCGAUAUUCUAAGUUAUUUUCUUUUAGUAAUUCUCUUUAAGUAUCUUAUAUAAUUAAAUAUAAGGCUAAUUAGUAAUUUUUUCCCCUAAACUUUGACAUGUACUAAAUCGUGUCCCUUUUUUGGCCGUUAAAAAUUCCUCCUGAACUAUUGUUUUUGAUUUAAGCGUUUAUAUAUUACAACAUGUUUUAUUUGGGACUCAAAUCCAAGACCUCCAACACUCACACACACAUCUAUGGCCACUUGAGCUAGCCUCAAGUGGUUUCUCCUAAACUAUUGAGAUUGUUAAAUUUAAGGACUAAUGAAAUUAGAUAAAAGUCCUUAAAUUUAGCAAUUUCAAUAGUUCGGAGGGAAUUUUUAACGGCCAAAAAAAUUCUGAAGACACGAUUUACUAAAUGUCAAAGUUGAGGAGGAAAAUUACUAAUUAGCCUAAAUAUAAUAAGCUAGACGACUAUAGUCCUAAAGCUAGUUGCGGAAUAACAAUGCCCUUUAUAUGGUAUCUGAAUAGCCAAUAGCCUAAUUGAAUUUAGCAAGACAGUGGGUGGACUGGCCACCAUGAAAAUAGUUCUAGAGAGCUUCUCCUGUAAAACCAUGGAGUUGAAAUGGGUUGUCACCACACCCAAAACCCAGAAACCAAAAUCACUUUCACUACCACAAACUUCACUUCCCGUAUUCAUAUCCACUAAACCCACCCACGUAAACCCAGAUGAACUCCAGCGACUCUUCGGCGCUUGCAAACUCUCCACCCAUAGAUUUCCAACCUAUGCUGAAGAAUCUAGCUCCGACCCCGUCCAAAUGAUCGACGUUGAGAAGCUCAGGGUGGCUCUCUCUCACAGCUCUUUUGUCGUAUCCGUCUUCUGCAAAUCACAAGAUAUAGUUUCUUUUUCUGCUUCGGAGUCUUCUUCUACUUCUAUGGGUGUGGGGGAUUUUUUGCAGACGGUAAUGGAGCCUGUUACUCCUCAGAAUGGCGAGAUGAUUGGGUUUGGACGCGCCGUUUCUGAUAUGGGGUUGACUGCUUCAAUUUAUGAUGUUAUGGUCGCUCCUCCAUUACGAGGUUUGGGAAUUGGCAAGAUGAUUGUUCAAAGAAUCAUAAGAAUGCUCAGAAGUAUGGACAUUUAUGACAUAGCAGCGCUUUGCUCGGAGAAUGAGAGGUUGUUCUUUGAGAAAUGCGGAUUUGGAGAUGACAUGUUGGGCUCAACCACAAUGAUGUAUACAAGGACAGUUUCAGCUAGUUCUGAAGGCAACAAUAUGACCAAACGUUUUGGUCGAAAGCUAUUGUUGGUGCCACCACUGAAAAGUAGUCUGCGUUUUCCAAACCAGUGAACCUGAAUGAAAUGAACUUUACUGUUUAUCCUUGGAUACUGAAGAGAUGCAGUAAAAGAGAAUUUCACCCAGCUCACAAUGGAAUUCAUAGGGUUUAAUAUUCAUGUCCUUUUUUCUUUAUCCGGGUAUUAACAAAAUAGAUACUUUACAGUCUUACAGAUAUGGUUAUAAUGUAAAUAUGGCAUAAAGAAAGUUGCUAACUGUUAACAUGUUUGGCCUUCUCCAUGUGUUGUAUCAAAAAUUCUCCCAUAGUACGAAGAGGAAUUUGAAGAAACAGAGAGAAAUGACAAUUCUAUAUUCAUUCA